AUGAUUGAUUCAGUAACGUCACCCUCAAGGUCUUUCACCACAGAAGUUAAUAAGCUAAGACAGUCAUGUCAGCAAGCGGAAGAUGCUCUGACUCAAGGUAUGGAGAAAUUGCAGUCGACUCCUGCUGAAACUGUUGCUGCAGGUCAACUGGUAGAAGGUGGUUGCAUCCCAAAGAUACCUACUGCAAUGGAGAAGUUGGAAGCUCUAGCUGAUUAUUUUGGACAAGAAACAUUACAGCAGAUGUCUUGUAUCCUAAUAACUCGCCAGGUUGCUCGAGGCUUGCUUGCACUAGGAGAGUACUUCCAACGCCUUGGAGCUUUUGGUUCAAUUUGGGCCACCCAUCCUCAUGACACUGCCUAA